AAACUCAGGUGAUAGAUUUCAUACAAUGUUGUUGUAGUUUGUGGUGUUUAAUAAUAGUGCAAUACAAGUAACAAAAUGUCAUUGAAUGUAACACCAGACGAUGCUCCUGUCGAGCUUACGAGUGGUAGUUUCUGGGAGGUAAAUCAAUACAAGAGAACAGUUACUCGAAUCGACAAUGGAAUGAAAUUAUGUGAUGAUCUCAUGUUGUUCAUCAAGGAGAGAGCAACAUUGGAAGAGCAAUACAGCAAGCUGCUAAAGCAAUGGAGUUCCAAGUUUCACAAACUAGUUGAAAAGAACUCAUCGUACCACACACUACAAACUACAUGGUUGGGAAUGUUAAACGAAGCAGAUAGAACUGCUCAGUUACAUUCUACUAUAAAAGAACAACUAAUGGCAGAUCCUUAUGAAAAGGUUAAACAGUGGAAAAAAGAGAACUAUCACACAUUAACAUUGGGUGGAAUAAAAGAAAGUAAACUUUUAAAUGAAGAAUUUAUGCGGGCACAGAAACAAUGGGCUAAAUAUAUGAAGAAAGUGACAGACGCAAAGAAAACUUAUUUCAAUGUUUGUAAAGAAGAAAGAUCGGCCCAAACGCAGGAAAGCACAGCCAAAAGUGAUACUUCACUUGCCCCAGAAAAAGUGAAAAAAUUACAAGAACUUGUUGAGAAAAAAGGUGCAGAGAAAUCCAAGUACCGAGAGAAAUAUGAGCAAGCAGUUCGUGCACUGAAAGAUGACACGCCGCGAUACAUGGAAGAUAUGGAGAAAGUAUUUGUUAAAUGUCAGGAGUUUGAAGAGAAGAGGUUGGAGAAGUUUAAAGCAAUAUUCCAUGCUGUACAUGGCCAUCUUGACUUAUCUACUAAUGUUGAACACAAAGCAAUAUUCGUCGAUCUGAAAUCAAACAUUGAUUCUGCAAACUCACAAAAUGACUUACAGUGGUGGAGAAGCACGCAUGGACCAGACAUGCCAAUGAACUGGCCUGAAGUAGAGGAUUAUGACCCUGAGAGAAUCCUCAUGCAAAAGUCAAUGAGCCGAAAGCAAGGUAGCAAAGCAUCCAAACAUGUAGCUGGCAUGGAUGGGUUAGCGGGUGCCCAGUUUACUUCUACCUACCCUGCCACGGCACCAGUGGAAACAAAAACAAGUGGCAAUGGCAGUGCCAACCGACCGAACUCGUGGAGUGACGACGAACAAAACAACCCCUUCCAAGACUCAAGUUCAGAGGGAAAUCCAUUUGGAAGUGUAGAGAAUACUUCUGGUGGUGUGCCAGUGCGUGCACUUUAUAAUUAUGAUGGACAAGAAGAAGAUGAACUUACUUUUCUAUCUGGUGAAACUUUGUACAAACUGGAAGACGAGGACGAACAAGGUUGGUGUAAGGGAAGACUUUCAACUGGUAAAGUUGGAUUGUACCCAGCUAACUAUGUAGAAACAAUAUGAGCAGAACCAACUCAUGAUGGUCCUAUAUAUUUUGCUGUUGAUCAGCGUGAAUGAAAUGUAAGAGAAUCAGUUUCAAAGUCAUUUAAGUUGGUCCCAAUCCAAUGCAUUACCUAUGAUCAGUGGUGUUUAUUUUCAAACCUUGGUAACAAAUAUUUUAAUUUAACAUUCUAUCUAUAUCUGUAUAUGUGGCAUACAGUAUUGCUAUGUGUAAGUCUGCUGUAUAUUUUCUUGAUAUUCUUACUUCCCAUGGAAGAGUGUUUGAACUUAGUGGUGUUAGAAGUUAAUGUUACGUUGAUUCUCAUGAGGUACAUACGAUGCUGUUAAUUGAGUUGAGUACCAGCCUUUAUUUCUAUUCAAGUUUCUUCCCAUAUCACAAUAAUAACAAAAUUAUUAUUAUUUAGUUGACCAUCUUAAUAUCCACCCAUAAAAAAAAACUUUGAAUAAGUUGGGAAAAUUUGUAUACAAAAAAUGUAUUCUUAUAUGUUUAAAUUAGUUGAAUGAAAUGAGCUUUAUAAAUCACCUAUCUUUAUUUUGAUUUGCACUCAAGGCAAUUCAUAAUAUUAAUUCCAUUCAAUUAGUUUUUGUUACAGCACCCCUAGCUCUUGUUUUUUUUGUUGUACAUUUUAAUGAUCCUAUAUUAUUUUAAGCUAUGUUCAUGUUAUCAGGUUAUAUGGCCAUGUAAUGUACAUUUCAUCCGCCCACAGCAAAAAUGUUCAAACUGUAGUGAUAUUACACACCCCUAAAAGAUAUGAUAUACAUACAGCAGAAUAAAAUAUGAUAAUAUGCAUAUUUAUCACUGGUAGGACCUGCAUACUUAACUGCAUUUUUCAAUUGUUUGUAAGAUGAUUUUGUUCUAUUCUAUAACCAUUGUCCACUACAGUUUCAUCUUUAAGUACAAAUGCUUAAUCUGCACAAUA